AUGGCCGAGUACGGCGACGCCUCGGGGCCCUCUGCGGCCCCGCACGGCCAGGCCCGGGCGGCCGCGCGCCCCUCCGGCUACGCGCGCGGAGAUCUGGGCGCAGUGGGCGCCGGCCAGCGCCUGUGGCUGAACGCGCCCGCUCUCAGCUCCGCGUCUUAUGCGCCGGGCCCAGUGCCCGCGGCCCCCUACGGGGCCCCCGGCCCGCUCCUCGCGGCCCCCAGCGCCCUGGCAGGCGCCGACCUGGCGUGGCUGAGCCUGCCCGGCCAGCAGGAGCUGCUGAGGCUGGUGCGGCCGCCCUACUCGUACUCGGCGCUCAUCGCCAUGGCCAUCCAGAGCGCGCCGCGGCGCAAGCUGACGCUCAGCCAGAUCUACCAGUACGUGGCCGGCAACUUCCCCUUCUACAAGCGCAGCAAGGCGGGCUGGCAGAACUCCAUCCGCCACAACCUGUCCCUCAACGACUGCUUCAAGAAGGUGCCCCGCGACGAGGACGACCCAGGUAAAGGCAAUUACUGGACCCUGGAUCCAAACUGCGAGAAGAUGUUUGACAACGGGAACUUCCGAAGGAAAAGGAAGCGGAGGGGGGAGGCGAGCGCAGUCUCACCCUCGGGUCCCCGGAGCCAGGCCGGAGCCAGGGCGCCCGAUCUGGAGCCCCUGGGCGCCGCCUCCGCGGACCUGCGGGCCUCGGCGUCCCCGCCCGCGCCCGAAGCCGCGACCUGCUUCUCCAGUUUGGCCUCGGCCGUGGGCGCCCUGGCUGGUGGCUUCAACCCCUUUGCCGGGGGCCUGGCGGGAGACUUUUCCUUCGGGAGACCCACUACGAUCGCCACUCACAGCCCCCAGGUCCCCCGCCCCGCGCCCGGCUUCGCCGCUGGCCAGCAGAUGGCGGCCACCGGCUUCCACGUCGGUCACUUCGUCUACACCCGGGAAGGGACCGAAGUUUGA